ACCGGCCCAGAUCACAUGGAGAUGACGAUGUUUACCUUAGCGUGAAGUGCAUAUAUAAUUCAACCUCGCGUGAGCAAGCGUUAUUACACAAACAACCAUGAACGCUGUAAGCAGUCUCCUGGCUUUCUGCCUCGUCGUCGUCCUGUGCGAGAGCUGUUGUGUCCCAGAUCAGUGGGAAGCAAUUGAGGGCAUUGUCACCGGGAUUGACGAACGAGGAAGGGGGAAUUUAGAGACGGGUUCCAUUGCAUUUGCUUAUGAUGCCCUCAGUGAGAGGAUUGCUGCUGGCUACAGAGUUUACUAUGAUGACAAGGAGCGUUCCGGGAAAGUCAUAAUGGACUUUGGCAGGGAAAAGCAGUACAUCAUUUCCAGAGGUGUAUGUGUUAUAGCAGAACUGAAGAAGCCAUUCCAGAAAUCUUGUAUCCCAGGUGAUGCCAAGCCAUAUACAUACACUUUAGGAGUUGGGGAUGAUAUUCUUACUGUGAAGUCCUACCAGGUGAAGUAUGAAGAAAUUAUGGCCAGUAUCAGUGUUACUAACGAUUGUGUCCCUGUAUCGGAGAUCUUAACUGGACAAAUCAAGGGAGUGAGCUUUGUUGAAACCAUUGGGUAUACUAACGUGACCGUUGGAAUCGCUAAUGAAGGUGUCUUCACUCCCCCACCCAUUUGUAUGGGUGGUAGGGCACGGCAUAUGAUUUAUGGAAAACUGCGGGACCCGAUCAUGGACCUCAGGAAACAUGCCAUUCUCGGGAUGUAGACAACAGGAGAACCCGAGUCAUCGAAGAAAAUCCAAACAGACUCUCAUAACUGGCAUAUACGUUUUGACAUAGUUGCGAACGCUAGCUUGAAAAAUUCAAAUAAUUCUUAUAGAUUAGUUGUUUGAAUCUCACAAAAUAUAAUCAGUUUGAUUAAACAUGAACAGAUCUACUGAAACCAGUACAUGACUGUAUCUGUAGGCUUUGUUACAGGGGCAUAAAGAUGAAGUGAGAAAAAAAAUAAACACCUGCCAUUGAUUUAACUCAUUCACCCCUGAAGACACAUUUGAACUCUUCCAGUUCAAAGGUUGGAAUAGUUCAUUAUGAAAUUUCAGGGGUGAAUGAGUUGAAUACACUCUCUAAUGAAGUACAUUGUUUCUUGCUUUAGCAAUGAUUUCUUUGGUCAAAUUAACUAUAACUGUAGUUGGCUGAACUACAAUAAAUGAUCUCCCUCCUUAAUUGCUCGAUCGUUACUGCUCACAGCAACCACUAAUAUUCAUGUUUGUGUCCCACCCACCUUUCAGUGCAGAAACCAAGGGUUUUCAUCAAUAACUCCAUUUAGAAUUGUUUGUUAUAAAGUGAGAAUAAAAGGAUACACAAGGUUUUUUUUUUUUUUUUUUUGAAUUGAUUAAAAGAAAUGUCGGUUUAUGUGAAACUCCUGUCGGAUUGCAGCCAUAUUACUGCAUAUUGCAUCUCUGUAUUUAUCUGUUUAUUUGUUACAAGAUGCAGUUGAUUUUUGUUUGAAUUUAAAACGUAUUUAAUCAGAUCAAAUAUAAAGAUUUUUUUUUUUUUUACAAAUGUUUAUAUUUGAAUAACUAUUAUUCUCAAUCAGAUCUACCUACAAAACAAUUUUUGUGAUACAUUUACAAUAAAACCUCAUUAUACUGCCACCAAUUGUCAAAAUUGAGGGAAAUGAAUUCAAAAAUUCUUUCGAUGAAGAGAAAAAAGGACUUGGUAAUAUAGUGGUAAGUAAGCUGUCAUCUGGAGCAAUGGGCAGUAUACCGAGGUUUUUAUUUAAAAGAACAAUCAUACCCCAUCAGAUCUGCUUUGCUUGUCGUUUUACAUGUAGUGCUUCAGUCCACAUCUAAUUGCUUGUGUGCUAUUUAUCGUGCUUAUUUGAAACUUUUCAUUCCAUACGUUUUGUUUCCUAUUGAUAAAUUCUUGUUUGUUGUUUUUUUGUAACUUUUUACGUUCAGAUCUACCUUGGAAUUUUGAAGAAUUUGUCUUUCACAAAAAACACCCAGUUCAUUGAAUGAAUACACUUUUUUUUUGGACUAAAGUGGACCCAUUUAUUGUUAUCGUUUACUGGUGUAUUUAUUCUAGGGUCCGAGUAAACUUGACCUUGAAAAUUUGAAUAUUGUGAGCUAUUAUGUAUUCGCAUUUCAUAUCAGUGUUUAUUUCUAAUAAAAUCUAUAAACUUAGUAG